AUGAUACUGAAAAUUAUAGAAAAGAAGCUUGUUUCACUUCAGUUGGUGAGAGGGCUUUCAUCGUCCACCGCCAGAUCAGCAAGAAACAAUGCUUUUAACACUGUUAUAACCGAAGAAGUGGCCACUAAAUCACCUCAGCUAGUCACAUUACACAACAGAUUGCGCUUGCCAGGCUCUUUCAAGUUAUCUACUUUGGGAAGAUGUUUGACUUGUAUUCAAAAAGACAAUAAAUAUCCAAAUAACGUCGGGCUCAGUAUUUUUGGGAAAAACUUGUUGAGUUAUCACGCGACUGAACUUUUAUUGAUGAAAUACCCAAGAUUGCCUUUGAAUGUGCUAAAUAACGCUAUUAACGGUAUAAUCGGAGAUGAAACAUUAUAUUCAAUCGGUAAAGAAUGGGGUAUCCAAACCGACAGCUCCACCGCUGUCGAAAAGUUUUUAAAUGAAGAACCAGAAGAAAUAACGAUAGGAAGAUUGAGAUUCGACAACCAAAAUAAAUCAAUCGAAAGCAACCUUACAGUGAUUGACAAGAAAAACACAUUGACCCAAGAAGUGGCCAUGGCUUCAGCAGUGAAAUCCAUUGUUGGUGCUUAUUAUGCUUCAUCCAAAUCAUUACAAGACACAAAGAAAUUCAUUUAUAAUUAUAUUUUGACCACAAGACACUUGAAGAUCCAAGAUAUGUUUGAAUUUGAACAACCAACCAGAGAAUUGGCUGCCCUUUGUAAAAGACAAGGGUUGGAACAACCAGUCACAAGAUUACUUUCGGAAUCUGGUAGAGCUUCUAAGAGACCGGUUUUCUUGGUGGCUGUUUUCAGUGGCAAUGAAAAAUUGGGAGAAAGCUUUGGUGCCUCUUUGAGAGAAGCCAAGAUCAGAGCUAGUGUGAAUGCAUUGAUGAACUGGUAUUUGUACAGCUCUUUGGAUGUCAAAUUGCCAAGUGAUGCUGAUUACUCUCGCGAGACACUUAAGGAAGUUGAUCACGGUAUUGUCAUUGUGUAA